AUACACUGCGGACACCAGCAGUUUUAUUAAACGGCGUGGUAUUAAAACUAGCAUUUUGGUUACUAAUAAAAGUACAAGAUAUAUACUUUUCUUAUUUUAACUUGUGAAAUCAGCAUUUCACACUCGUGUUGUCUAAACCUUCCAGCAUUCUCUCGCUCAUAAACAAAGAGCCCCCCAAACUCCAUAAGGUGUCAUCAAACUGGAUCUAAAGUUGUUUUAAAAAUAAACAGGCUACUUACACAGUUUAAGGCUGUUCAAAUGAAAGACGUUUUUUAUAUCAACCCCACAAAAAAAGUAGACUAAUAACAAAACAACCGUAUAUCCGCUCUGAAUGAAUACUAUUGGCUAGAACAAAAGAGCUUUUACCCACCCUGAAUGAAUACUAUUGGCUACAAGAGGAGCCGCUACCCGCUCUGAAUGAAUACUAUUGGCUACAAGAGGAGCCGCUACCUGCCCUGAAUAAAUACUAUUGGUUACAAGAGGAGCCACUACCCACUCUGAAUGAAUACAAUUGGCUAGAACAAAGGAGCCGUUACCCGGUCUGAAUGAAUACUACUGGCUACAAGAGGAGCCGUUACCCACCCUGAAUGAAUACUAUUGGCUACAAGAGGAGCCGCUACCCGCCCUGAAUGAAUACUAUUGGUUACAAGAGGAGCCGCUACCCACCCUGAAUGAAUACUAUUGGUUACAAGAGGAGCCGUUACCCGCUCUGAAUGAAUACUAUUGGCUACAAGAGGAGCCGCUACCUGCUGUGAAUGAAUACUAUUGGCUAGAACAAAGGAGCCGUUACCUGCUCUGAAUGAAUACUAUUGGCUACAAGAGGAGCCACUACCCGCUCUGAGUGAAUAAUAUUGGCUACAAGAGGAGCCGCUAACCUUCUUGCAGUACUUUGUUCAAUACGGGAAAAUCCACGUCUACGCUGAAGGUAUAUCUGGUGGCAAUUUCAGUGUGCCACGAUAAAAUUUACUCUGUGUCCCCUGGGGCACGUUUCUUGGCUGUGCAGUUUCUUAAGGGAGCUCAUAGGCUUUGUCCUCCUAUGAAGAGUAUGGUCUGCAAGUGGGACCGGGAUGGUACUAUGGGGCCUUAUGGGUCCCCCUUUUGAGCCCAUGGUGUCAGCGCUUUGUUUCAUUGAAGGUGGCAUUCUUGAUAGCCAUUACGUCUGCCAGACAAGUAAGUGAGGUUCAUGCACUGUCUAUUGAUGACACAUCCAAACUUUCUACCAAAGGUGGUCUCAUCAUUCCAUAUUAACUAGCCAGUGGUUUUGGAUACUUUUAGACCUCACCCGCAUGAGUCAGAUGAGGAUCGUAAACAGCACACGCUUUGCCCGGUCCGGGCUUUGCACUGCUACCUGGAUAAGACAGAGUCCUGGAAACAGUCCAACCAGCUGUUUGUCUGCUAUGAAUCCCAAUCUAGAGGUCAGGCUCUAUCGAAGCAAUGUCUAGCACACUGGGUUGCAGAUGCCAUACGCAUUGCAUAUGAACAGAUGGACUCCUCCGUGCCGGGGGGCAUUACGGCCCUCUCUACCAGGGGCCAAACGACUUCAUGGGCUCUGCUUCAUGGUGCCUCUCUGAAUGAGCUCUGCAAUGCUGCUACAUGGACAGGUAGUCAGACAUUUGCACGUUUUGCAAACUGAGGGAGGCCCUCUCUGGGCUCUAGGGUGUUGCAGGCGGCAUGCCCUUAGGUGUCAUGGGGGCUCUGAGGCUAUCACCAUGAGGCUGUACUGCCAGUAAUCUGGAGACACGACAGCUUUGGUACAGCUUCCCAUUCGCUAAUGGUUGUCAUUCAAUUGAAAGGGAACGUUAGGUUAUUACCAUAACCCUGGUUCCUUUAAAUAAAGAAUGACAACCAUUACCCUUUGAGGUCGUGUCCCCAGCUGACCUCCUAUUCAAAAGAAGAUGCUGAUAUGCUACUGUGAGGAUGCCCCUCUUCAGCCAGAGGUGGGAGGGACUUCCACCUCACAACAGGGCCCCAAUAGGGCAGAUUUUUUAUAUAUGCUCAGUGAUUAGCGGUCAGAGACACACUCUCUAUUCAGAGAGGAUGUCCUUCUACAGGUCAGACUAUUUCAAAGGUUGUUAGGACGGAUGGUAAUGGUUGUCAUUCUGUAUUUCAGGGAACCAGGGUUAUGGUAAUAACAUAAUGUGUUGUUUCCACACCCCACACAUUUCAUUUCCUGGAAACGUUGUUGGUUCUGGGAAUUCGUAGUCAGCAUCCGAGUUGGAAUCUGAAUAACUGUCAUUUUCAGAAUCUGUUUCUGAAACCUUAGGAAUAGCACAGUCAAGCAAAAACAUUGGAAAUGAUUCACACGAAGCCAACAUCUUAUUUUAUGCAAUUUAAAUGCAGGUAUAUAUCUUCAGCUUCACAAGUUGAGUAGCCAGGUAGUUUUGUACAGAGGAAAACAUAAAAAAAUGAACACAUUCAGUUCAAUCUGUUUCAGUUUGUUGUGUCGAAAUAGAAACAGGAGUGUCAGUAUGAAAGUGAAAGUGUGCUUUGCCAGUGCGUGAAUAACUUUCGGUUAUCUUUUAAAGCUAUAGUCACAGACUACGUUUCUUUGAGCAAAUAAGAAUCUGUGAUGCUUUAAAUAGUUAUUGUUAUAGAUUUUUUAAUAGUUAUUGUUUAUAUUUUUUCACCUCAACAGUCUAAUUAAGAGUGAAAAAAGCAUGAUUAUUUUAUUCAACAUGCUGUUUGACCUUUUAUGCAUGCCCUUAUGCAAUGUAAUUUUCUCAUAUGACGGUAUUGUAAUAUUAUUAGUAGUAAUUUCUUAGCAAGAAUUAUUAUUAUUUACAUACAGUUAUUCAUUUACUGUAUUACUGGAGCAGUAAAGUACCUUCCUCAAGGUACAACAGCAGUGUCCCCCACCUGGGUGGACUGAACCCCAACCCACUGGUCAGGAGUCCAGAGCCCUAACCACAACUCCACACUGCUGCCCUGUGUAUUAGCAAUAAUUUAUUGACUGUAUAUUGUAUUAUUCUAUUGAGUAAAUACUUUAUCCAUGUGUAAAUAGGGAGGUAUAAAACCUUCAGUGUAAUAGACUUAUCAAUGUACAAAUUCGGCUAUUUCUUUUAAAGUGAUUUAUACUUAAACGGUUAUAAUAAUGAAUGGAUGGGUGGACAAACAUAUGCUACAUUUUAUCAGCAAAUUACGUUAUGUAAUAUGUUUGCUUAAUUAAAAAUCUCUGUAUUAUUUAUAAUCAAUGUAUAAUCUCUGUAUAAUCAAUGAUCUCUGUAUUAUUUCCCCACAAUGUAGGUUUUUUUAUUAUUAUUAUUGGCACAAGGACGUUUCUGUUUGUUUUUUUUUCUUGUUUUGUAAUUUUCUAUUUUGUAAAAAAAAAAAAAAAAGAAGCAUUACAAACAAGUAUACAGUUAAUACAUUAUUAAUACAUGAAUCAUUUCUUUACCCAGCAAUAUAUUUAUUUACAGGACCAGUAUAGCCAUAGUGUUGGCCAAUCUGACUGUUAAUGCCUCUGACGCAUAUGCCUUUUUCAGCAUGGCAUCAAUAGUCCUGCACUGCUUGGAUGGACAGGUAGGGUCUUUGUGCCCUCUGGUGAAGGUGAAACCUUGUACCAGCACUGUGACCAUGUCCCCAAUCGUGGGGAACAUACCCAAGCCAACUUCUUGGGCUCCUGCAGUGUGUAGCAGGGACUCCGCUGUUCUGGAGCCUGAAGGGGCGGAAGCCGGGUUGCUCCAGGAUGAGCACACUAGCUCCACAAAAUCCUGGCAUAAGGGAAGGGCUUGUUGUGGAUUUUCUUUCUUGUCUUGUUGGCCAGGGAACCAUGGCAGCAGCUGCACACUGCAUAAGAGCCCGGAACUCCUCCCUUUGCGAUACAUGUGGUAGGGGUGGUAAGGAGUCCCCCGAUGUGGCCUAUCCAACUGGCAUGUCAGGGUCAGGCACAUCCGACCUAGAUGCCAUAAUUGACAGCACAUCCCAAGCUUGGGCGCCUCUGUGGUAACUUCGUGGGAGGACGCUGACAUCUACACGGGGAAGGCGAGCGGUACCUUAGCAGCGACCACCUGCCUGCCCUACCCUCCCCUUGAAUGGCGUCACCUUGGGGGUGACCAGUUCGCCUCCUGUGAGAGGUGCCUGCACCUCUGCACCAGUGGUGGAGAGUGAGAGGGGGACCCAGGGUUCCGUGGGCACUCUCUGGAACCAGUAGCGGGAGGGGUUUUCAUGGACCUUUGUGAAGGGCCUUGGAGUACCGAUCUCAAUCUCACCUGGUCAUAGGAGAGAGACUCCGCUGGGGAGAGCGCUGCUCUCCUGCGUUUAGUUCUCCUCGAGAACUUCCCACACGGAGAGCAAUCGAGGUCACCCGCCAAUGCCCUGGCUAUAUGGUCAGGCCCUAGGCAUUUGGCACAGGAGGAAUGCUUGUCCUGUCUGGGGAGCUUCGCUGGACACUGGUCACACUGGUGAAAACCAGCUGAUGACCCUGUGGAGCGCAUUGACAUGGCAUAGGUGUCAGUGUCGAGCUUCUAUCACGCAGGUGGGAUUGGUGUCGAGUGUAUCGGUGCCACGGGUCGACGAUAAGCACAGCUGCGCUAGGAAAGCCCGAGGCUUUGAAGGAGCACGUGGGCCCGAGCUGUAAGGUAGCUGAAGCCGAGUAAAUUGGCAUAGGGGAUGGCACCGCGAGCACGCAGGGUCACCCUACAGUACCACAAUAGCUCAACACAGUAUUUACUAACAAGCUUGUUAGUGGAACAGAGAAUAAUGGCCGCUGGCCAAUCUCAAAAGAGGUGUUGAAACCAGCUCUACUCAGUAAAAACUGAUGCAAGACUAAGGCAAGAGCAAUCUCAAAAACACUCAAAAGUGUAUUUUAAUGUGAUACACUGUAAUUGUAGGUUUAAAUUCAGCCACAUUCCAGAACAAAGAUGCACGAAGACAUCUGUGGUCUGACUCAGUGGAAGUAAGAGAGAAAAUGGUGAUAUGCUACGUCACUCUCACACAAAGUGUGCCAAUAUUGUAAACAGAGACGUCCUCCCUACACGUGUAUUUCAAAAUACAGUCUGCUCAUUUGUAAUAUUCCCCAGACUGAAAAACUCCAGCGCGCCCUCCAUUGCAUGUCUUCAGAGAAGCAAAUAGGGAAGUCUUUUUUUUUAGCAGUGGAAGUUAUUUGAGUAUAGAUAUACAUGGCUUAAAGUUUGCUUGAAUUUCUAACGUGUUUAUAAUGAAAUUUCAGUUUUAGUGGUUCACUUCUACCAAUCAUCGUAUCGUACUGUUGCGUGUUCAGGAUUUUGCUCCCCGGCUUCCCAUAUGGUCUAGUGGUUAGGACUCCUGGUUUUCACCCAGGCGACCCGGUUUCCAAUCCUGGUAUGGGAACGUCUAUUGUUUAUUGUCUUUUAGUUAUAAAAGUGUUGUCACGUGUAAUGUAUUUUCUUUAGGAUAAUAAAGCCACAUUUACUUGAAAUAUGAGUAUGUUCAAAAAUGUACAGACUUAAUUUUAAAUACAUGUCAUUCGAUUUUUGUAUUAUUAUUAUUUGUAUUGAGGCAGGGAGUUUGCAGUUGUCUCUAAGCAACAAGGAAUCUGGAAUAACAUUCUCAUGAUCCCUGUCAUAUGACUCUGAAGUCAUUGUAUUGUUUCUUCCUCUUAAUUGUAAUACUCGUACUGUGAUUCCUGAAAUGUAUUUUGUUUACGACUGUAAGUCGCCCUGGAUAAGGGCGUCUGCUAAGAAAUAAAUAAUAAUCAAAGGUGUUUCUGAUGACGUCCAGUGGAUUAUAUUUUGCAUCUUUGGGUACUGUCGUUGUCGUUUAUGGCAUUUUCUCCAAUGAUGACAAGUUCAUAGCUCAGUUGGUUAGAGUGAAAGAAACUUCCACCCGGCUAGCUCAGUUGGUAGCGCAUGAGAUUCUUAAUCUCAGGGUCGUGAGUUCAACCCUGUGUUGUAGUAGGAAUUCGAGAUUGAUCAGGCACCGGACACCAGGAACGAAGAUUUCUUCAAAAAGCUUUGUUACGAUGUGCACAAAGGAAUCAGCAGAACAUUAAUCCCACUGGUCAGCUGGCUGACUUAAAGUUACAAUGCUGCACUGUAAACCAGAGUACAGAAUAACUUGGGAAACGGACUAAUGAGAAACGUCUUUGUGGUGUGAAUUUGACAAACACCAGUGUCUGUACAGCUCGAAAUCACAGCAAUUGCCCCAGCCUGUUUUGGAGGCAUCCGUCAUGACCACAAUGUGCCUGGAGACCAGUUCUAGGGGAACACCUGCCCGUAGAAACGAGAGGUCGGUCCAAGGGCUGAAAAGAUGGUGACAGACCAGCGUGAUGACCACGUGAUGUGUCCCGUGGCGCCAUGCCCAUCUCGGGACUCGAGUCUGAAGCCAGUGCUGAAGUGGUCUCAUAUGCAUCAACCCGAGUGGGGUGGCCACCGCUGAGGAUGCCAUAUGCCCCAGGAGCCUCUGAAAAAGUUUCAGUGGAACCGCUGUUUUCUGUUUGAAUGCCUUCAAAUGGCCAACACUGACUAGGCGCACUCGUUCGUGAGGCAUGCUGUCAAAGAGACUGAGUCAACUCCAAACCGAGAAAAGAGAUGCUCUGAACCGGGAUGAGCUUGCUCUUUUCCCAGUUGACCCGAAGCCCUAGUCGGCUGAGGUGUGAGAGCACCAAGUCCCUGUGUGCGCACAACAUGUCCUGAGAGUGAGCUAAGAUUAGCCAGUCGUCAAGAUAUUUGAGAAUGCGAAUGCCCACCUCCCUUAACGGGGCAAGGGCUGCCUCUGCGAUCUUCGUGAAGAUGCAAGGAGACAGGGACAGGCCGAAAAGGAGGACCUUGUACUGAUACACCUUACCCUCUGUAAGGAAGGGUCUGUGUCGAGGAAGAAUCGAGACAUGGAAGUACACGUCCUUCAGGUCUACCGCCGUGAACCAAUCUUGAUGCCGUAUGCUCGCCAGAAUGCAUUUUUGCAUCAGCAUCUUGAACAGAAGUCUGUGUAAAGCCUGGUUCAGUACUCGCAGGUCCAAGAUUGUCUGCAACCCACCGCAUUUUUUUCGGUACGAUGAAGUAGGGGCUGUAAAACCCCUUCUUCAUCUCGGCCGGAGGGACAGGUUCUAUCGUGCCCUUCCGUAGGAGGUAGCGAUCUCCGCACGCAAGGUAGCAGCAUUUUCGUCUUUCAACAAGGUGAAGUGGAUACCGCUGAACCUGGGCGGAUGCCUGGUGAACUGAAUCACGUAGCCGAGUCGGACGGUCCGGACCAGCCAUUGCGACGGAUUGGAAAGCACAAGUCAUGUGUCCAAGUUCUGUGCAAGGGGGACCAAAGGGACAACGUCGUCGGACGUACUGGCAGGUGAGUCUAGGGACAUCGAAGCACUUACCUGGCUCCUUGUGACCACCCCCAGAACAGCCUGGGAUGGGGGAGGAAGAGGCCUGUCCUCGUGACCCGUGGAGACUGUCACAUCGGGGGCGGAUUUGUGCCACAGCUGGGCGCUCAGGGGCGGGAGCCCACCGCUGGAGCACCAAACCUGCCAAAUAGAGAGGUGGAUGGUGGUCGUGAUGAUGGCUGUGCACACCGGAUACGUGACCCAGGUGUAGGGCGUAAGGAGAGACAUUGAACUCAGUUUCCCAAGGUCCUUCACAAAUUCACAACUGGAUGCGAAGUCCCGCCCACGGACCCAGGCUUAAACGCCAUUGGUCGAGUGGCCUACGACCGAUGACGUCAUCUCGUCAACAAAACCCGCGGACAGAUGAAUUUCGCUCUCUCUGUGCUAAGCUCUGCCUGGCUCUAAAGGGACAUCUGUACUGUGCACGUACUGAAGGAGUUUUCCCUCCGUUUGGACUGAGAACAAAGAGACCACGUUUUUCUAACCUCGCCAUUUGGCCACGGUAGAGUAAGAUUAACUUAGCUUUGUUCAAGUCUUAUAGUAUACUUAUAUCAACCGGUUCAGUUUCACUGUAAAGCAACAGUGAAUUUAUUUUGAAAAACGGAAAGGCGACCAGUUUCCCUUCUCCCUCUUUUUCAUUCAACGUUGACUAUCUGCAUUCUUCCCCACCGCUGGAUCCGAAGAAUAAAGCAGAGACGCGUCUUUCCGCUGACGAGCGUAAGACAAGGAACCAUCCAGACCGUUUCUCCUGACCGCUCAAUGCAACAGGAAUUCCAACGGACAAACCUACUGAAAUCACACAGGAUUUCCCAACAGCUACUAAGCAGAGCCGCCCCCCUGUUUGAUGCUGUGGACAUUGUAAGGAUGGAAUCUGUCACGAUAAAAGAGGAGCUCCUUGAAAAUGAAAUGGCCCCCAUUAGACUGGAGUUCUCUGGACUGGUUUCCCUCCCCAUUAAACAGGAGCUCUGUGAGAUCAUACCAUGUGACAGCAAUAAGCCAAAGGUGUCUGCUGGGAUUAAAGCUGAGUGCAAUGAAUUGGAGAUCCCCCAGACAGAAGAACCAGAUCCCAUGAAAGAAGCAGUGCUGGAAGUGGUAUGUAAUAAACUGGAGCAGCCCCUGAAAGUGCAGUUUGAACACUCAGAACCAGGGAGGGAAGAAUGUGAGGACUUUGAAGUUCUCCCCCGUGGGCAGGGUCCUGUACGCCUGCGGGAGUGUAGCGUGGUGCUGGAGAGAAUCUGCGUGAGAGAGCUAGGAGCUGCAAAGGAAGUCUCUCCCAACAGCUUGCAAGGAGGUGGAGAGGAAGAUAAGGGGAGCUCUUAUUCAGAGGGCAGUCCAGCAGGUUCCAGACCAGCAGCUAAAGUGAGGGCAUGCGGUGGAGAACAUUCUGACUGUGGGAACAAUGUUGCCCAGUUAGGAGAUUUUAAAAUACUCCAGCGAACUCCCAGAGGAAAGAAACUGUAUCACUGUUCUGACUGCGGGAAAAGUUUCAGUUGGGCAAAUUCCCUUGUAAUACACAAGCGAACUCACACAGGAGAGAAACCACAUUGCUGCACUAACUGUGGGAAGAGUUUCAGUCGGUUACAUUCCCUUAUAGUACACCAGCGAACUCACACAGGAGAAAAACCAUAUCACUGUUCUCACUGUGGGAAGAGUUUCAGUCAGCAAGCACACCUUGUUUCACAUGAGCGAAUUCACACAGGAGAGAAACCGUAUUGCUGCUCUGACUGUGGGAAGAGUUUUAGUAACUCAGGACACCUUGUUUCACACCAGCGAAUUCACACAGGAGAGAAACCGUAUUGCUGCUCUGACUGUGGGAAGAGUUUUAGUAACUCAGGACACCUUGUUUCACACCAGCGUGUUCACACAGGAGAGAAACCGUAUUGCUGCUCUGACUGUGGGAAGAGUUUCAGUCGGUCAGAACACCUUGUUUCACACCAGCGAAUUCACACAGGAGAGAAACCUUAUCAUUGUUUUAACUGUGGCAAGAGUUUCAGGGUGUCAGGAGACCUUAUUUUACACCAGCGAAUUCACACAGGAGAGAAACCUUAUCAUUGUUUUGACUGUGGGAAGAGUUUCAGGGAGUCAGGAGCCCUUUUAACACACCAGCGAAUUCACACAGGAGAGAAACCUUAUCAUUGUUUUGACUGUGGCAAGAGUUUCAGGGUGUCAGGAGACCUUAUUUUACACCAGCGAAUUCACACAGGAGAGAAACCUUAUCAUUGUUUUGACUGUGGGAAGAGUUUCAGGGAGUCAGGAUCUCUUGUAAAACACCGGAGAAUUCACACAGGAGAGAAACCGCAUUGCUGCACUGUCUGUGGAAAGGGUUUCUGUCAGUCAGGAGAACUUGUUUUACACCAGAGAAUUCAUACAGGAGAGAAACCGUAUCACUGCUCUGACUGCGGGAAGAGUUUCAGUCAGUCAGGAUCUCUCGUUUCACACCAGCGAAUUCACACAGGAGAGAAACCAUAUCACUGCUCUGACUGUGGGAAGAGUUUCAGGGACUCGGGAGACCUUGGAAAACACCAGAGAAUUCACACAGGAGAGAAACCGUUUUGCUGCUCUGACUGCGGGAAGAGUUUCAGGCUGUCAGGACACCUUGUUUCACACAAGCAAAGUCACACAGGAGACAAAAAAACAAACAAACAAACAUGACAUUUCAGUGACUUUCCUGCAUUAAAAAGCAAGCCGAGGAGACCGACAGACACGCUUCCAGAAAACCUUUCAUUAAAUGUAGUCGCUUUUUGAACCUGAACUCCCAUUUUGUUGUAAUAAAUAAUAGAUGGCUUAUAGAAUUCUUUUAUUUUUUAUUUUUUGUUAUUUGUAUUUUGUUCUGAUUAACAGAUCAAUUAAGUAAUGAAUUGUAUAUGUGCACAUUCAUGUAGAUUCUCAAUAUGUGCACCUUCAUGUAGAUUCUCAAUAUGUGCAUCUUUAUAUAGAUUUUCAGUAUGUGCAUCUUUAUUUAGAUUCUCAAUAUAUGCAUCUUUAUAUAGAUUUUUAGGUUUUGUUUUUUUUUACAGAUACUAAUAUCCAUGUAUUAUGAAUAAAUAACGUGUUUAAGUGUUGUAAUUUGUAUUCAUUUUCUGAAGAACAAGUCCAUGAAUAUUAAUGAUAGUACAUUACAAUGUUGAAUAUCUAACCCACUGUGGACUGGGGCAUAGAAGAAAAAUGUGAAAGUUGGGUCUGUGAACAUCUAUAGAAAAUACCUACUUAUGCAGCUUGUAUAAAUGUUAAGUGGACAAAACCAACGCAAAACUGGUUUAAACAACAUUUUGCACUUCAAAAAAAUCUAACAAAUGUAAACCAGAGUAAUUACGAAUACAGUACUGUAUAUUGUUAUGCAGUUUACUGUACAAGCCAUCUCCACACAGUAUUGUACAUUGCAGAAUGAUUACCCCCUGAAUUAAAUAUAUGAAAAUUCAUCAAUAAAGGGGAAAGGGCAAAGCCCUUUAAGAUAAUUAGAUCCACAAUAAAUACACUUUAGAAAAAAAGGAAUGUCCUCCAAUUUAUUUGGCAAAUAAUAAUUAUUACUGUUUGUGACAGAGAUCGAACGAUACUUGGUGUUAGAUCUCCUUCCCAAACUCUGAGGGCACGAUGUAAAAGGAAGUUGGUCAUUUAAGAAGGGGACUGGGCUACAGCACCCAAGCUCAGUGACUUAGAAGGGAGAUGGCGUGGCAUCCAAGGAUUGGAGGAGCGGAUGUGCUCGUUAACCUGGGGUCAUGAGCGAGGGUAUAAAUAGGGGGCAUAGUGAAAGUGAUCUUUUCCUUUGUAUAUGGUUAGCAACAGCCUAGAAGGAGUUCCCGUUAUUUGUGAUAGAAACCAUGAGUGUUUGUUAGUUUUGUCUUGUAACGCUGUUGUAUUGUCUGUUUCAAGAUUACCAACACGAUCCAGAGCUGCAGCUGCAGGCUCCCAGAUCUCACUUUUCACUGAUGAACUGUCUUUACACCACGAACAUGUCAUUCACGCAUUGUAGAAUCUGUGUUUUUGUUUUGUGUGGGUCACAAAAGUCUGGAUUUUUGGUUUCGGGUCAAACCCGUUGGGUUUACAAACAAGUGAUACACGUCGCUGUACCAGUUCCAUCGUCAUUAUUGUUUACAGGUUUGGCCAUAAGGCACUGGACAUUCUAAUCAGUAAUAAACACCCUUGAA